AAAAUGGUGUUGAAGAAUGGCACUGUGAAGACUGAAUUCAUUCUCUUGGGAUUUAGUGACCAUCCGGAACUUCAGAGUGUUCUUUUCAUUGUGUUUUUUGUCAUCUACACCAUUACCCUGAUGGGAAACCUUGGAAUGAUUUUAUUAAUCACAACUAGUUCCCACUUGCACACCCCGAUGUACUUUUUCCUCUGCUUGUUAUCCUUCAUAGAUGCUUGCUAUUCUUCUGUCAUUGCCCCCAAAUUACUUGCAGAUUUGGUUUCCCUUAAGAAAACCAUUUCUUACAAUGGUUGUGCUGCUCAGUUAUACUUUUUCUGCUCUUUAGUAGACACAGAAUCCUUUCUCUUAGCUGCCAUGGCUUAUGACCGGUACAUAGCAAUCUGCAACCCACUUCUCUAUACUGUUAUUAUGUCCAAGAGAAUUUGUGGGCAACUUGCAAUUGGAGCAUUUUUGGGGGGCACAAUAAGUUCCAUAAUUCAUACCACAAAUACCUUCCAUCUGUCUUUCUGUUCCAAAGAAAUCAACCAUUUCUUUUGUGAUAUCUCCCCGCUCUUCUCUCUGUCCUGCACUGACACUUACGUACAUGACAUUAUUCUGGUGGUCUUUGCUAGUUUGGUGGAAGCCAUAUGCCUCCUAACAGUUCUUCUCUCUUAUGUGUUCAUCAUAGUAGCUAUUCUUAAAACAAAUUCUGCUGAGGGCAGAAAAAAGGGGUUUUCCACUUGUGCUUCCCAUCUUAUUGUAGUUACAAUUUACCAUGGAACACUCAUCUUCAUUUAUUUGCGUCCCAGCACAGGUCAUUCACUGGAUAUUGACAAAGUCACUUCUGUGUUCUAUACACUGGUCAUACCCAUGUUGAACCCCCUAAUAUACAGUCUCAGGAACAAAGAUGUCAAAAAUGCCUUUCGAAGACUGAUUGGUCGGAAACUGCAUGAUUAG